UAUCUCACAAACACAUUUACCACCAUUACAGCACCGGAUGGCUGGCACGCAUCAUUUUAUCGGCUACACUUAUCAGCGUACUUAUUUAUUUCGUUCGACUUAGUCAGUUUUUGUAGGACACAAAGAUUAAAAAACCGCAUUAUUUCGACCCUUGUGUGUACUAGUCUGUCCGUGAAGACAAAGCUAAGUGAAUAUGGCAUUCGCGGUAAAGAAGCGCACCAACAACCGGCUGAACGAGAUCGAAAAGCUUCAACAGCCGGCGAACUUUUUGCCCAAUUCCUACGGUGAUCGAUUUAUUCCCCGUCGAUACGCACUGUCCCGAUCGAGCCGGUUCAAGGCGGAAAGCAUGCCGGAACAGAAAACGGAUCCAAUGGUGAUGAAGGAGAUGCCUGGCUACUGGCGUACCCAUCACUAUUCGAGCGUGCUGAAAAGCCAGCUCGGGCUGGUCUCGACGCACGAUAAGAUACUGUCCUUCCGGGAUAGCACCAGCCGGCAGGUUUGCAAACGGCUCGCCAACAAGCGCCCGCUAGAGUGCAUCGUCCGCCCCACGUACAGUAACCAGCAGAAGCUGGACUGGAGCUGCCAUCCGCGCACCAAACCGAUCGGGUUCAUCGAAGCCGUGCACGAUCUGCCCAACAUCAAGACGUACUAUCACAAAAUCAUCGACUGGUCCGCGGCCGGGCAGAUUGCGGCAAUCUUCAGCAAAAAGCUCGUCAUCUGGACACCCAACACGGACGAGAUCAUUGGGCUGGGGGCCCAGUACGCGACGUCGAUCGCGUUCGAGCCGGCGGGCACCCGGCUGGCCAUGGGCAUUUUUAUGAUGAACCGACCGUGGCUGAACAUCUUCGACGACCCGGCCAGGCCGCAGUCGGAGCGGCACGGCUCGCUCAAGAUGCUCGACCCGCUGGACCACCCGAUCAGCUGUCUGACCUGGGACGGUAGCGGACUGUACGUGCUGUGCGGGUUUGGCAAUGGUCAGAUUUCGAUCGUGCGCAUCCGGCCGGCGGCCAACAUUAACCAGUGCGAAAGCAAGUACUGCGUGCACAAGGGUUCGAUCAUCGCGAUCAAGUUCUCGUGCGGGUGCCGGUACAUGGCGACCGCGGACGAUCUCGGCCAGCUGUACCUGUGGCACUGGAGCGCCGGCAACCUAACGCCCAUUACGAACUGGGACAGCUCGAUGUGCGCCUUCUUCGACUGGCAUCCGUGGCGCGAGGAUGAGAUUGUGAUCGCCGACAGCGAACCGAUCCUGAUCGCACUGUACCACGUCCCGAGCCGCCAGGUGCUGUCGUACUAUCAACGGCGCGAGAGUGAUUGUAUCUUGACAACGCUUUCGUUCAACAAGCUUUCCGGCGAGCUGGUCGUGUGCUACUCCUUCACGGAUCUCAGCAAACCACCCGAAAUACUUGUUCUCGCGUCGAUGGAUCGCGUGGUGGAUGUGAUGCGCAAUCACGAUGACUGCAUCGUACACCUCCUGUGGAGUCCGGAUGGAAAGCAACUGGCAAGUGUAGGGUAUGAUGAAACGCUCACGAUUUGGAACUUCUUCGGUACCUCACCCACAAACGAAUGCAAGAAGAGGAAGCUGCAAUGCGAACCGCCGGUCAGUAGCGGUAGCUCACGGACCGAUGGAAGAGCGUGUGGGAAUGCUGGCAGUUCCUGGGACGCAUCUCGCAUCCCGUGCAACCGUAACAAAGAAGCCACCUAUCGUGAUCUGGCCUCGAGUUUUCUUUUCAAGGCAAUGCGCUGAUGCUGCUGUUCUUCAGAAUGCCCAGCCCGUAGAGUCUAACAGGAAAAGCAAAGGUACAGAAGUCCCCUUGAUGGAGUCAACUUGCAUCGAAUGCGAGUAGGUAAUUAAAUUAGAGACAUAAAUAAUUGCAAAUGGGAGGAAGGAAAUGAAGACAAGUUUUUUCCACCUACGCUCCGGAGAAGAUGAGGCAAGAUAGGGGACACAUUCGGACUGAGUUUGUUUACAGGCUGCUGAGCGGCCUUUCGAUAACACAGCAGAGCAGAUAGACUGCAAACGUUGUAUAGGCAUAGGUCCGGUAUUAUAGUCGUAAUGUUCCAGUUUGUUUAUUUAUUUUAUAUUUAAAGUUCAUUGUAAAGUUCAUAAACCAUCAAGAAGUUUGUUAAACCAUUUUACCGAGGCCUUCGUGCUUUAUACUCAUCAACUCUGAUCAUAAGACUAGUUCUUUAUUAUUUGAUUUGUCUGGCGCAACUACCACAAGCCUAUUAAAACAUUGUUAGCAACAAGUGACCUUUUGUGUUGAAAAAAAUA